CAUCAUUUUGGUUGAAUCAAACGCUGCUGGUGUGGAAUACCAAAUCGGUUGAUCUGUCAAUUCUACUGUUGAAUGCAUGUCGUUUUCUGUUUACUCUGCGUCGUUUUGUUGUUUUUUGCUCUCUCUCUCUCUCUUCCUCUUUCUCUCCCUCUCUGUUCGUCAUUCCCAAUGAAGUGGACUCGUUUCGGUGUCACGAUAAGAAUUUUGAUGUGUGCCCAAACCAAUCCAUCAUAUGAUUUGUUUCAUUACGGAUUAAAUGGGAUAUAGUUCUGGUACGCUUUUGCUAUGUCAUCCGGGUUUUGAAAAGACGUUUUUUCUGUAGUACUGCAGUCUAAAUUGUGCAAACAGUACGUCACAUUGGAAAUGAAUGCAUUCGGAAGGAGAGAGAAAAAAUCUUUUGAAACAAUAAUGGAAAGCAUUAGCGUGCAGCUAGAUUUUUGUAGGCCAAGUAUCUUAGCUAUUUUUUCUAUAUAAUUUUCAGUGAACAAAGAAACACAUUCACAUUAUUCCAAUGGAGAGAAAAAACUGCAAUAGCAACACUUUUUUUCCAAGCCUCUUCUUCAUCGCAUUCCUUAUGCUGGCACAAUGUGUGCCUUUGUUUCCCAUUCUCUUUAUAUUGUGCCAUUGCAUUUUUGUUUCAUUUAUUUUUCCAUCUUCUUUCCGUAAUAAUGAGCGUGCAUUCUAGUGCGGAAUUCAAUAAAUGUUCGCUUCAGUAUCUAUGGCGUUGGUGCUGUUAUAAACUUUUCAUGUUUGCACAUUUUAAAAAUGGGUUUUACUUGUUGAGCUAAACCAUUUCGCUGUAAUUUUCAAACCAAAUUUCACUGUAUGUGGAGUUUUUAUUAAUCCUUUGCACACCAUGCCAUCAUGCUGUCAUGCUGGCUGUUGUGAGGGCAUGGAACGAAAGAAAAAGAAACAUUAAAAAAAAGAAAAUGAAUGGAAUUGUGUGCGAGCAUUUCCAGUCAGUGCUAUUUCAAUUGUUGUUCCGACUAUCGUUAGUUCCAUUAUAAUUCAAACAAAUGGAAGAAACGAAGAAGAAAAACAAGACCGCAGAUCUUUGCUUCGCUCCGCUCUGCGUUCUUGAGUUUUUAAUUACUUAAUCUAUUUUGUUGAUUCACAACAAACUAUUUUUUGGCGCACUACAUGAAAUGUAUUUCAUCAAAGUAACUUUGAAGUAAUAUAUUUAUUUGCAAAAUGAAUUACAAGAUCUUGGUUUUAUUUCUUUUUUUUGAAAUAUACUGCCCUUGGUUUAAAUUAAAUAAAUAAUAUGAGCAUAGAAUCUAAAGUCACUUUAAUUCUGGUCAAGACUCAGAAAAUAUUAUACAGAAAAUUAAUGUAAUUUUCAAACAAUAUUUGAUAAUAAAAAUUUGAUUGGCGCUUUGGGAUAUUAUGCACUUAUUUGUCGUUACUGCCACUGUUUUAAAUUAAAUAAAAAAUAUGAGCAUAAAAUUCAAAUUCACCAUAAUUUGUUUCAACACUCAAAAAGUAUCUAGGGGAAAAAAAGCAGAUUAGUAGCUCUACAUUGCAUGUAGUGCUAAAAAAGCGAAGCGAAAAAAACGACAAAUCUCGAUAUGCACAGCUGAUAUUUCAUAAGUAAGGGUCUCAGAUGAGAAAAUCGCUAAUCGGGGAAGUUUUCGGGGGAUUCAAUCGAAAAUCUGGGAAUUUGAAAAAAAUGAUUUUUUCAUUGUAUUUUGCCUUUUGUUUGCUGUGACCUGUGCUUUGCUCUAUAUCUAAUGUGUAUUGGGAUUGGGAACGCGCGACAGUAUUUCGAUGUAAAUAAAUACUUGAAAAAAUAUACACACAGAAGUGCUAAUAAUACCUGAAAAAAAUUAUUUGCGCUGUAAUAUUUUUUUCGGGGAUUUUGGAUUUUAGACCGGGAUGUUCAUUUUCGGCUAAAUUCCCGGAUUACACCCACCCUCCCCAUCUGAGGAGAUUAUCAUUCUCCUUGCCAUUUAACUUGUGCACGAUAUGUUGAAGCAUUCGUUCGAUGUCUGUACGUAUGCACUCUCGCUUACCCGUACACACACGUCUCUGUCUCCCUCUGUCGCGUGUACAUUACUUUUUCAUUCUUACGGCGACCGCACACGAAUUCUGGCGUCUGUUGCUGUAUAAAGCGGUUUGCCAUCAUUCGUUCGUUCAGUUGGAAAAAUAACGUGCACAGAAACGGUUGCUCUCUUUUACAAGUCCAACCCAUCAGUCCAAAACAAAGAGACGAUAAUACAUAACAUCGAAAACGUAAAUUUCAAAUCGAAUUUUCGUCCAAUGAAAAUUUGUUUUGCUUUUUCCAGUUAUCGAUAAAAACGAAAAUAGUCAUAAACGUGAGAUUUGUUCAAGAGAAAAUUGAUUUAUACCCAGCAGAUUGUUAUUGAUGAUUGUUACUCGUGUACACCUAUAAAAUAGCAAUAAUUCAAGUGCAUUAAAUCAAGUUAUAAAUUUGAAUAAACGUCGAACGUUGGUGUUGUUGUGAAAAAAAAAAGAAAACGAAACCAUUUUCACCGGGUCAUUUCAAGUGAACGUCACGCCAUUUUACUUUCUAUUGUUGUUCGAGUGAAACAAAAUUGAGUCGUUAGUUUGAACAAAGCAAAUUUUGUGCGUAUAAUUGCGAUCAUUUACUUUCGUUCGAGUCAACGACAGUCACACGAACAAAAAAAGAAGAAAAAGAGCGAAAGCAAAGACGCGACGUGAGAAUUGAAGAAAAAUAAACAUAAACGCGAAAAGAAACCGCCGCACGGUGAUUAAAAAGUAAGAAAGUAAAACCGAAAGAAAUACAAAUAGGGAACAAUGGUUCUACUGUGGAUGGGAACAAUUAAAUUGUCUUUAAUUGUCGGGUUGACAUACGCCGUCGUAAAAAGGAACGCUUACAGUCGAAGAGGUUUACAAAGACCGCGACCAAUUCGCUGCAUUGGUGCGCGAGGUUGCAGCUCCUGAUGUCGGACGCAUGGGCAUCGAGAUUCUAUCCUUUACAAUCAAAGAUGUUUACGAUGACGUUCAGUAUUUGGCAUCACUUGGCAAAGCACAAACGGCCAGUGUCAAGCGAGAUGCUGACACUGGUGUUGCUGAAGCCAAUCGUGAUGCUGGCAUUCGUGAAGCCGAAUGCGAAAAGGGUGCCAUGGAUGUAAAAUAUUCAACCGACACCAAGAUUGAGGAUAAUUCUCGAAUGUACAAAUUGCAGAAAGCACAUUUCGAUCAAGAAAUCAACACUGCGAAAGCCGAAUCGCAAUUAGCCUACGAGCUGCAAGCAGCGAAAAUCCGACAGAAAAUCCGAAAUGAAGAGAUCCAAAUUGAUAUUGUCGAGCGUCGCAAGCAAAUCGAAAUCGAAUCGCAAGAAGUUGAGCGCAAAGAGCGUGAACUUCAAGCAACAGUAAAAUUGCCGGCCGAUGCUGAGAACUAUCGUGUCCAACAGAUAGCCGAGGGUAAACGUACACAGACGAUUGAAUCGGCAAAGGCCGAAGCAGAGCGCAUCAAGAAGCUCGGUUUGGCUGAGGCCACCGCUAUCGAAAUGGUUGGUAAAGCUGAAGCCGAAAAAAUGCGCAUGAAGGCCACCGUUUACAAGCAAUAUGGAGACGCUGCCAUCAUGAGCAUCGUAUUGGAAUCACUACCAAAGAUUGCCGCUGAAAUAGCCGCUCCAUUGGCCAAGACAGAGGAAAUUGUGUUGAUUGGAGGCAGUGAUCAAUGUACUGGUGACGUAGCUCGACUUGUGGGCCAACUACCGCCGGCGAUCGGAGCGCUAACGGGUGUCGAUUUGUCCAAAGUUUUAGGUAAACUGCCCGGCGCCAAAGUUAACUAAUUGACGAUGCAUUCUUCAAACGAACCCUAGAUUGCGACAAAUUCUAAAUCAAUCAAAACAGAAAAAAAGAAACAAAACCGAAUGCAGAGAAACCAAAUCACGAUUGAAAUGCCAAUAAAACCACUAACAAAUCCAGCGAUACAACUCGAAACGCUCGAUAUCUUAGCAGUUGUGUUGGCAUCAUGAGAAACAUUAAGAAAUUAAGAACAAAAAAAAAAUAAGAUAAUUGUUAAGUUAUGAAAAAAAGGAACAGCAGUAAUGUCUUUUGUUUUUCUACAUAUUUUUCCUCUUCUUUUUGUCAAAAUAUUAUUGAAAUGAAUAACAGAUUAGAUGGUAUAGGAUGCAUAAGCUGAAAUAUUGCAUAUUUUUGCAUAUUUUAAACGAAAUAUUAAUUGUAAUCAGUAAAACGUUUUCAAAAUGGCAAAUCCAUGCCGAUUUUGAGCAAUUCAAACUCAUGUGGAUUCACGAAUUUCACUUCUACAUUUUCGAGCUUUAACACAUGCGCUACAAUAGCUUUUACUGAGCCAUUUUUUUUUCUUUGCAGAUAGCAUUUUUGUCUUGAAAAAAUAACUUUUUUUUUUCUUUUUUCCACGUUUUUUUUUAUUAUUGUAAAUUUUUUGGUGAUUGUCGCAAGCACAUUGAACUAAAAUAAAAGUUGAAACGUAUUCAGUUCGUCCAGAUUAGCGAUUUUUUCGAAAUGGUAAAAUCCAAAUAAAUGAAAAAAAGAAUAAAAUAAACAUUCCUGAUUAUUCAAAAUGUCUACCUCAAUGUAACACAAAUAAUAUAUCUUGACAAUUUGUAUCAUUUGAAACAAGAAACAUUCAAUGAAAUAGUUCUCUUCACUGGCCGAUCAUAUCCAUCAUCUCUAAGAAUUUUUGCUAACGUAGCUUUUUUUUCUCGUUGCGUAUUUUUUGUAUAUUAAUACAACGUCUCUGUCAAACUGAUUUUAAUCAAUAAUUUCAAAACAAUCUUAAUAUUUCAAAAGCCUUUUUCGAUUAAUUUUUUUUUUAAAUCAAAUGCCAUAUUUUAUUCAAUUGACUUUAAAUCAGUUUCGUUCGACUCACACUGCCAUUUUGAAUAAAAUGUUUUGAAGAUUUGAAAGAACAACGACACCGGCGAUGGUGGUAAUGAAAAAGUCUCGACUCGACCAAAAAAUAGUACUUCCAUCCGUGAAUAAAUAGAAUAGUAACAGGAGCAUAACAGAAUAGAAAUCGCUUAAUAAGAUGUGACUCAUUACUAGUUGCACAAUAGAAUUUUGCUUUUUUUGUGAGACUUUUUUCUUUGUCAUUGAAAUUGACGUCACUUUUGAAUUUAAAAUACACAUCUUCAAUCUAAUCAGAAUUGGCCACAAAUGUUCGGAAAUAAAUGUGUUCUAACACUAGCAGUAAAUUGCGGUCCCACCAAAGAAAAAAUAACUUGAGAACAAAGAACAAUUUCAAAAAUGGGAAUAGAUGUUUAGAAAAAAAAUGAAAAAUUCUUAAACUGCCUUAAAAAUGUAAACCUUUUAGGAAAAAAAGUCCUAAGAAAUUAACUAAGAAAUUAACAAUAGUUUCUUUCGUUCGAUUUGAAAAAAAGUAACAUUAAAAUUUUUUCCUUCACUUUCAAUCGUUUGAUGAUAAUCCAUAAUAAUCGUAGUUACGUGUGAAGAAAUAUUUUUCCAUAAAAUAAAAUUGUGAAGAAAAAAAAUCGUCGAAAAUUGUCAUGAUAUCAGAACAGCAUCAAAUAAUUAUUUGUCAUAGAAUUAUGUAUGGACUAAUUAAUUGCUUUUGUAGUGACUGUUUGAACAAAACAAAAAAACCAGCACUUUUCUUUUCAUUUUUCCAACAUAUUCUUUUUAUCUUUUCAAAAAUUCAAUUUCAAGUGUUUUUCUAGUGCUAAUUUUUUUUUCUUUGAUUCAAAUUCAUUACUUUUAGCGUUUCGUGUCAUUUAAACGAUAUUAUUAGCUGUCCAAUAUGAACAAAUGUGUAAAUUAAUGAGAAUCUGAAUAAAAAUUUUAAACAAUAUUCAAUGUCAAGCUGA